AUUCCUUAAAGAUGCACAGGUGAUUAGGCGCCUUUAUUUGGGAGCAGCUCGCCAACACAAACCCACUGGGAACAUCAUUGAGCAACAUUUUUUCACCUUUAUAUCUUUAAAAAACAACAACAACCAAAAAACUCCCCCAAAGAACUUUUGCCAUUUUCAUUUAAAUUCUUAUUUUAAUUCAUCAAACAAUGGCAAACGCUGGAGUGCAGCUUCUCGGAUUCAUACUGGCCCUCAUCGGCUGCUUUGGCGUCAUCGCGGCCACAAUCAUGGUGCAGUGGAAAGCUUCAGCCUACGUUGGGGACAACAUCAUCACGGCUCAGGCGAUGUAUGAAGGGCUUUGGCAGACCUGUGCGAGUCAGAGCACCGGACAAGUUCAGUGUAAAGUGUAUGACUCCCUCCUCCAGCUGCCAGGAAACGUACAGGGCACACGAGGGCUGAUGGUGUCGUCCAUCGUGCUGUGCUUCAUUUCCAUCCUGGUGGCAGUGAUGGGUAUGAAGUGCACUACGGUCAUGAGCGACUCUCCAGAGCUGAAGGAUAAGGUGGCCCUGAGUGGAGGGAUUAUCUUUAUACUUGCUGGUCUGCUUGCCCUGGCGGGAACUUCCUGGUUUGGCAGCAACAUAGCAAAGGAAUUCUACAAUCCAUUCACUCCGACUAACUCCAGGUAUGAGUUUGGAAGUGCCCUGUACGUCGGCUGGGCAUCUGCCAUUCUCGUCAUCAUCGGAGGGGCCUUCCUCAGCUGCCACUGCCCCAAGCAGGACGCUGGGCCGGCUCAACGCUACCCCCAGUCCCACCCUGCGGGAGGCAAAAACUACGUGUAGGAGUAGUCUUCCCACUUCUCCUGGCCUGGGCUCAUUUAAGAGCGCUGGCUUUAAAGGGGCAUAUUUCAGACCUGUUUACUGUUUUCAGCAUGUUUAUUUGCAGGUGGGGUCAAAGUAGCGUAGUGGGACGGGAUGCUUCUUUAUUAAUAAACUGACAAUUAAUGUGACAACCUAUGCAAAUGUUAGAAUUGAAUGUUAGAAAUAAGGUCCAAUAGCAUGUAUUUAGAUUUAAACUGGGAUUAUUGUAAAGCUUAAAAGACUUUUUUUGUUUAGUUUAAAGAAAGUUUUCAGAAUAUGUUGGAGACAUUCAGUUUUUGUGUCACUUUCUUUGCAACUAAUUUCCAUUUUUGUAUAAACUCCCAUGGUACCGUUUGUUAUGAUUUUUGUGUUGUUGUUGUUUUUAUUUCUUCCCAUUUAUUUCUUAUUUUACUGCAUAUGAAAUAAAUCCACUGCCACUUUUCCAUGUGA